AUGGACCAGAGAGCCCCACCAACCCUGGAACUGCCCCAACGCCUGGAGCUGGGCCCCAAGAAAUGCUCAGGAAGUGCCCGAGAGGAAGCCCGGUACCAGCUGAGCAGCACGGCUGCAGUCCAGACCCUGGCCAGGAUCAUCCGGCCUUGCUACGGCCCCUGUGGCCGGCAGAAGUUCCUGGUGACCGUCAGCGGAGAGACACUGUGCACAGGCUAUGCCGCAGCAAUCCUCAGGGCUUUACAGCUGGAACACCCGGUGGCCCUGUUCCUCCGGGAUGCAGCCCAGGCCCAGGCAGAGGGCAGUGGGGACGGCACGGCCUUCCUGGUCCUGUUGACAGAAGCCUUGCUGGAGCAGGCUGAAGACCUGCUCAAGGCUGGCCUGCCUCGCGCCCAGCUCCGGGAGGCCUACGCCACAGCCUCAGCAGAGGUCUUGGCCUCUCUGCCUUCUCUAGCCAUCCGAUCUCUGGGGCCCUUGGAAGAUCCUUCUUGGGCCCUCUAUUCUGUAAUGAAUACCCACACUGUGAGCCACAUAGAGUUCCUGACCAAGCUGGUGGCCCAUGCAUGCUGGGCUAGCAAGGAGUUGGACGGCAGCUUCAAGCCCGAGCGUGUUGGGGUAUGCGUCCUGCAUGGAGGGGCACUGGAGGAUUCCUGUCUAGUCCCGGGUCUCGCGAUAUCUGGGAAACCCUGUGGCCAAAUGACUGUGCUGUUAACCGGGGCCAGGGUGGCUCUCUUCAUUUGCCCCUUUGGUCCUGCCAGUCCUAAUGCCCCAGCAACUGCCCGGCUUUCCAGUUCUGAGGACCUAGUUAACUUUAGUGACGGAAGUGAACGACUAAUACAAGAGCAAGUUUCUCAGCUGGCCGCUGUCGGUAUUAACGUGGUGGUGGUAUGGGGAGAAAUUGAUGACAGGACCCUCACAACAGCUGACAAGUACGGCAUCAUGGUGAUUCAAGCCACGUCUCGGAGGGAGAUGGUUUAUCUGAGCGAGGUGCUGGACACACCUUUGCAAACUCGUUUGAUUCCUCCUUUGAAGCCAGGCAAGUGCCAGAAGGUUUACAGACAGGAGCUGGGAGAAGGUUUGGCUGCGGUGUUUGAAUGGGACAGUCCAGGCACACCUGCCCUCACCUUGGUCCUCAGGGGGGCCACAACAGAGGGGCUCCAAGGUGCACAGCAGGCUGCCUACCAUGGCAUUGAUGCCUACUUCCAGCUGUGCCAAGAUCCCAGACUGAUUCCAGGAGCCGGGGCCACGGAGAUGGCUCUGGCUAAAAUGCUCACAGAUAAGGGAAGACACUUGGAAGGGCCAAGCGGUCCCGUAUUCCUCGCAUUUGCUCAGGCCCUGCGGUCUCUUCCCAAAACCCUGGCUGAGAACGCCGGCUUGGCUGUCUCAGACGUGAUGGCUAAAAUGAGUGGAGUUCACCAAGUUGGGAACUUCCUGAUUGGAGUGGGAACUGAGGGGAUAAUAAAUGUGGCCCAGGAAGGGAUAUGGGACUCCCUCAUGGCCAAAGCCCAAGGACUUCGGGCAGUAGCUGAGGUGGUGCUGCAGCUCGUGACUGUAGAUCAAAUUGUAAUGGCCAAGCACAGUCCCACGCAGCAGCGGAGCUCAGAUUCUGACACGAAGACGCCAAAGGAACGCCUAUCUUCUAUGCAAAAAAAGAAUCCUUGAAAUGUACAAGGAACAUCAGUCUCAAUAAAAGGGGGCACACACCAAGCAGGGCAGUCUCCUCUGAAGUUCAUGCUUGCCUUGCAUACAACCUCCAUCUCCAGGACUGUUGGUCUGUUCCUUCAGAUACAACCACAUGCAGAAAUAGGACAGUUCCUUGACUGGCUUACUGCCUUCCAAGUUUUGACUUUUUCAAUUCCUGUUCCUCUCCAUUAGAGUUUGUUCCUUUCCUACAAUAAGAGC